UGAGGCGAAAAAAAGGCAUAUCUUAUUGGAUAUGUGGUUACCAUUUUAAGGUCUGGUAAUGAAAAUUCAAGUUUCAUAAUGUUAACGCAUGUUGCCGAAGUCUUUUAAUAUUGUUUGUGCGAAAAGGCUGCCACAAAAUGCCAAAGAAGAACGAUAAGGAUGCCAAGGCACCAGCCAAAGCUCAAAAACCCAAACCAUCCGCUGGUGGUGGUGGCAAAGCCAAAAAGAAGAAAUGGUCAAAAGGUAAAGUUCGUGACAAAUUGAACAACAUGGUUCUUUUUGAUAAAGCAACUUAUGAAAAGUUAUAUAAAGAGGUUCCUCAAUAUAAACUUAUUACGCCAUCAGUUGUUUCAGAGCGUCUGAAGAUUCGUUUGUCGUUGGCACGUGCGGCUCUUGUUGAAAUGAAAAAUAACGGAAAAAUAAGGGAAGUUUCAGUGCACCAUGCGCAAAAAAUAUAUACCAGAGCUACUAAUGAGUCUACCGCAGCCUAAAAAAAACUGAAAUAAAUCAGCGUAAUUUA